AUGUACAGGAAUAACAGUUGUCGUAGCAGUCCUCAGACAUCGCUAGCAACGACGGCCGCUGAAGUUGGAUCAGUGACGACACCACAUGACCUACCAUAUAGCAGCAUAAAACACUCUACUAUUAAAUAUACAGAUGUGGACGCAAUAAGCUGUUCUUCUGAGUUUAGUAGUGAAUCUGAGGAAGCACCAACUUCGCGACCUUCAAACACAAGUAUAUCUACGACAUCAGCAAAUACAGCCACUACUCUUACCUUCUCAGUAGCGCAACGCGUUUUUGCACGGAAAGAGCGUUCUCAAUGUGGCGUUAAUUCCGAUGUUCGCCUUUUGAAUAAAAUCGGCUUCAUUGCUUCUCGCGUUCGAUUUCUCUCUAAAAUAUAUGGUGACUUCAGGUUAAUAAAUCCAUACAGUCCAGCUAAACAGCGCAAGCAAAUACGAGAAAUACAACUAAAACACUCUAUUAUAGAUACGUUUAAGGAAAUAAGUUCUACAGAAAAGUUAGAUACACAACAAAGCUUAACGCCACUAAGUUCAGCUGCAAGUAGUUACUGUUAUUUACCCACCGAAAGUUCUUACGAGGACGACACUAUUAUAACAGCAAGUAAAUUACCGUGCCAGCCGUCUACGACUGCAAAAUCUAUAUUGUUACUUGAGGAUUUACUCAUACAGUUUUAUGAAGAUCGUAAAAGUAAGAUUACCGUAAUAGGAAAUCGCCAUAGUCGACGUAACAGUAGCGUUGCAGUUGAUGCAAAUAUAAACAGCAAUCGAAAUCAUUUAAUCAUUAUGAGCAGCAAAACUGCAAGCAGUAGUGUAGAGCCUCUUGUAUCACUGGGCAAUGACAACGAAGAUGAUGAUAGCGGUAAUACUUACGGAGGAACCGAUUUGACUGAAAACAUUAAAUUCCAAACCAAAAACUCAAUUGUCAUAAAAGCUAAUACCACACUCCCUAGUCAACAACAACAGCAAAGAUACAAUACAUUUUUACAGCCCAGUAGUGGCGUUGAAGACAAUCUACGUCGACGACGUGCAAGUGACUGUUCCACACAUCCUGGUCAAGCGUUGAGCACUCAAUUGCAGAUAUCGCUCAAAAACAAUAAUUGCACCAAAUUUCCAUUUCAUCGUGGCAGCUGCGGCGCUGCAGGUGAACAUUUGCUAGCGGCAAAUUCAAUUGCGAAUCGCUCGACAAUCAUACUCAGUAAAUCUUGCAGCAAUGUCGAUGGCACCAACAAGGACGGUUUAAAUUCGGCAUUUUACAAAAGCAGCGAUUUCCAACAUAAGGGUUUCGACGUAAUUGAGAGUAGCAGUGUUGGUGGCGGUGGCGCUGGCGCUGGCGGUGGCGGUGGCGGUGGCGGUGGUACGCCUUCUGGCACCGGCACAGCUGCUACUGGUUCAGGCAUUACAGCAAAUAAUGGCAACAAUGAAUACAGCAUUAUACAACUAAACAAUACAAUAAUACGCUGUCACUUUAACGACGAUGAUUUUCGAGCGUUGGUGAAAGAUUUGAAACGCAAAGUAGAAUAUACUGAACGCAUGAACUGGCUAUGUGAGUAA